AUGCCGGGAUGUUUACACUCCUGACAGCAGCAGCCGCUGGAGGAGGAGCGGGAGUCUCGGGAGGAUGGGCCACCGCUAAGCUCGCGCUCCGGACGCGCCUCGCCGUGCACAGGGUGGGUCUCCGUGCCUGCAGCGUCCGCGGGGGCGGCGCGGCGGGAGGUGGCCAGCGCUCCGGGCCUAGCAGCCACAGCCCCUGGCCCAGCGGGCCUGUGCGCGGCACCGCCUGGCCGAGCCGCCCGCCCGCCCCGGGUCCCUCGCCGGCCGGAGAACGGAGAGCUCCCCGCUUCUUGAGUUCUGAAGUUCCUGUUGCUUCAGACGAUGGAUGAGCAAUCACAAGGGAUGCAAGGACCACCUGUUCCUCAGUUCCAACCGCAGAAGGCCUUACGACCGGAUAUGGGCUAUAAUACAUUAGCCAACUUUCGAAUAGAAAAGAAAAUUGGUCGCGGGCAAUUUAGUGAAGUUUAUAGAGCAGCCUGUCUCUUGGAUGGAGUACCAGUAGCUUUAAAAAAAGUGCAGAUAUUUGAUUUAAUGGACGCCAAAGCACGUGCUGAUUGUAUCAAAGAAAUAGAUCUCCUUAAGCAACUCAACCAUCCUAAUGUAAUUAAAUAUUAUGCAUCAUUCAUUGAAGAUAAUGAACUAAACAUAGUUUUGGAAUUAGCAGAUGCUGGUGAUCUAUCCAGAAUGAUAAAGCAUUUUAAGAAACAAAAGAGGCUAAUUCCUGAAAGGACUGUUUGGAAGUACUUCGUGCAGCUGUGCAGUGCACUGGAGCACAUGCAUUCUCGACGAGUCAUGCACCGGGAUAUAAAACCAGCUAAUGUGUUCAUUACAGCCACUGGGGUCGUCAAACUUGGAGAUCUUGGGCUUGGUCGGUUUUUUAGCUCCAAAACCACAGCUGCACAUUCUUUAGUGGGUACACCUUAUUACAUGUCUCCAGAGAGAAUACAUGAAAAUGGGUACAACUUCAAAUCUGACAUCUGGUCCCUUGGCUGUCUACUGUAUGAGAUGGCUGCGUUACAGAGUCCUUUCUAUGGCGACAAAAUGAACUUGUACUCGCUGUGUAAGAAGAUAGAGCAGUGUGACUACCCACCUCUUCCUUCAGAUCAUUAUUCAGAGGAGCUGCGGCAGUUGGUGAACAUGUGCAUCAACCCAGACCCAGAAAAGCGACCAGACAUCACGUAUGUGUACGACGUGGCCAAGAGGAUGCAUGCCUGCAUGGCCAGCAGCUGAGCGCAUGGACGGCGUGGAGGAUGUAAGCAACCCAAGUUCAAGUAUUUCUGUGCAAAUCAUACCUCCCUGUUCUUGGGUGUUAAGACUAAUAUUUCAGAGCUAGUGUGCUUUGAAUCCUUAACCAGUUUUCAUCUAAGCUUCAUUUUGUACCAAUUUAAGUCACCUUCUUGCAAAACCCCAGUGACUUUGGAAUAAUCAGAUUGCGUGGUAGGAGAGCAAAUGGAACAUGAUGGUUUUUAAUGGCUAAAGAUUUUUAGAAUUAUUUUGAGUUUUGUGCUGAUAAGUCAUGUUCAGAUAGACUCUCAGUGCCAAAUGUUGGCGGCUCGGCUUGGCCCCAUUGGGACAGACGUGCAGCCUGAGGAAGGGAUCUGAACAUGUGCCUUGUGUGCUGCUCUCCAGUCAUUUAUGGACAUUUGAGAUGAACCCAAUUGUGAACUUUUGUGCUUAUUUUAUUUUUAAAAGUUUGAAGCAUGUGUUUUAGUUCUUAGCAUUGUAGCUUUCAAAUAGGAUUCUUAAAAGAUAAAUGUAGACAUAUGAACUAUUUGAGAAGCCUUUAAAACUCUUAUAGAUUUAAAAUAGCUUAUACAUUCAAAAUGCAACUAUUAAAUGUGAAAAGAUUUGGGGAUAAAAUGUGAGUCAGACACUGAAGAGUUUUCUGCUUUAUUUUGUUUUAUUUUAAUAUCUUUGAAAUUCUCCUUGCAUUAAAAUGGUAUAAAUGAAUCCAUUUAAAAAGUGGUUAAGGAUUUGUUUGGCUGGCGUGGCAGUAAUUUUCCAAGUUGCACAUUGCCCAAGGCUUUUCUAUGUGUUUUUACUGUUCUUUGUACAUUUGAAAAAUAUUCUUCGAAUAAUCCUGCAGUACUAUUUUCAAUUUCUUUAUAAAUUUAAAUGCUCUACUCAUGAUUGUACACUAUAGUGUAAGCAUAUGUUUUUAUUCAUAGAUUUUAUUGAAGUUCUGAUUGAUCCCCUUCAGAAAUUUUUUUAUUCAAGUUACUUUCCUAUUUAUAUUGUACAUGCAUUUUAUCCACUAAUGUUUCAGAUUUUCUGACAACAUAAUAACCUUAAAAUAAAUAUUUGAUAUACCAACACUUUUCCUGGAUUGAAAACAUUUUUUUUUUCAA